AUGGCAACACACCCUGAUUUCCCGCUCUGGAAGCUGAAGUACACGCCGGAGCAGGUAUACGACCUUUUUUUCCACUCGAAUUUUCGAUUUCUGUGCAAUCCUAAGCGCCCAGCUAUCUGUACGCGAUUUGGUCUCCCAUCAGACCGGCUCUGGAGGUUUGAAUUUGUUGUCUUGAAGGGCGAGGAUGGUGAUGAGAUGGCUUCGCCUAAAGGACGCGAGAAGUCAUUCUUCCCCUACCUGACGCAUGCAGGAAACGAUACGGGCUCACGCAAGAUGUGCAAUAUCCCGGGAACUGCAUCAGCGUCCUUAGGUCGAGACCGUUCCGGUUAUCUGCACGCAGCUGCAACAAGUGGUCUCAUGGCCGCGUUGUCUUGUGUGGCGAUGCGGCGCACGUGUUCCUCCAUGUAUGGCUUUUACUCUACGCUUGCGAGAAGGUUUUCUGGAUUAACCCUACGCCUAGUUGGUGGUCAAGUUAUUUCUUCCGGCUUCCGAGACGCUGCAUCCCUAGCCUGGCGUCUUGCUUUACUUUGCCGCCAGAGCACACUCGAUUCACCCCGUCAUGAAGCUGUCCUCAAGAACUGGUACUUAGAGCGCAAGCAACAGCUCGAAAAAUCCCUCGCUCUAACAAUCAGGAACAGAGAAUUUGUCACCGAAAUUCCGAGCUGGCAACGACAGCUGCGACUCGGCCACAGAAAAGGGUAUGGUUCGUUAUCGAUUCUCGCAUGGGAUGCCCUUCAUUCCUGA